GGAUUCGCAGUGCAAACUUUCUUCGCUUUUCAAUUGUGAAGUGUUUUAUACGAAAUUAAUCCUAAAGCGCCACCAAAAUGGAUAUUAGCCGCAUGCCUAACGAAAGGAAACUCUACCUGUGCAAAUGGUACUUCAAAGCUGGACUCGCAUUGCUACCCUUUCUGUGGUCCAUCAAUUCGGUAUGGUUCUUCAAUGAUGCUUUUCGGAAGCCGGCCUACGAUGAGCAAAAGGAAAUCAAGAAAUAUGUGAUAUUUUCGAUUGUGGGAACGUUGGUGUGGCUCGUGGCGAUUGUUUCCUGGGUGGUCACGUUCCAGCUGAAACGUGAAACGUGGGGUGAAUUCGCAGACAACAUCAGUUUCCUUGUCCCUCUCGGAAGGGCGUAGACCCGAUGGCGCAACCGCAGCAGCAGCACUCUCACAAACCUCAUCCAUUAAUUUAACCACCAUUUCUCGCUAAUUAAAUAAUACGUAAAAUAUUAAAAUCUUUGUGGUGUUUUGAAAGAUU